GGGGGAAAAACAGGGCCGCCCUCUAGCUCUGCGCCGCUGCUGCCCCGGGAGCGAAUGAACUAGGCGGCGCAGACUCGGGCGUCCCAUCCACGCGCGCUCCGCACCCGGGCCCUCUCCAAGUUGGAAAGGACAAAAAGAAGGCAAUAAAUGCUAACAAGGGAGAGAGAGGGAGCAGGAUCGAGCGGCAACUCCCAGCCUCUGCUGGAAGAGAGAGGGAGGGAGCCGGAGAGAGCGAGAGCGCGCGAGGGCGAGCCAUGCACGUAAAGAAACUGACACCCGGACCCCCCACUUCUCCUGCACGUUGCUGGCAAUCAGAGCGCGUUUAAGCAAUUUCCUGAGCCCAAGAAUAGCAAUGAGUCGGGAGACUUUCGCGGGCUGAAAUUGGGAGCUCCAAUCACUCCCCCCCACACUUUUUUUUUUUUCCUGGAGAAGGGGUGGGGGGGGCGCUACAAUUUGGAAACAGAUUUUUUUUUUUUUUUUAUCUUGCACUUUGAAACCGCGGGACUGUAGCAGGGUGCGCGCGUGUGGUUGGUGCCUUUUUUUUUUUUCUUCCCCUGCCUAAACUCCUCUGUCAGCCUGUAAACAUUACCUGAGAAUUCCCCAGCCGAAAAGGCGGCUGGGGCAAGAAACUUCUUGUUAGAACUUCCCACCUCCGGCUUUCCCUCCACCCCUCUUACUGUCCCAACCUUCUGAGACGCUGUUUCUCCUCCCGAGGAGGGUUUAUCUUUUAUUUUUUUCUCUUUUUGUCACCCGGUGCUUUGCAUUUGGGAAGAGGUGAUUUCAAGAGUGGCCAGGUGGGACGCCUCUCUCCCCUUAUUCGGUUUAUUAUUGUUUGGGGUGUUUUCUUUUUCAAUUCCUGUUUUGUUCGGCCCGGGGAGUUUCGCCCCCCGCCCUGCCCGGCUCCGCGGCGCGGAGGAUGGUGUGGAAAUGGCUGGGCGCGUUGGUGGUGUUCCCUCUGCAGAUGAUCUAUCUGGUGGCGAAAGCAGCCUUCGGACUGGUGUUGCCCGCCAAGCUGCGGGACCUGUCGCGGGAGAACGUCCUCAUCACCGGCGGCGGCAGAGGCAUCGGGCGCCAGCUCGCUCGCGAGUUCGCAGAACGCGGCGCCAGAAAGAUCGUUCUCUGGGGCCGGACUGAGAAAUGCCUGAAGGAGACGACAGAGGAAAUUCGGCAGAUGGGCACCGAGUGCCACUACUUCAUCUGUGAUGUGGGCAACCGGGAGGAGGUGUACCAGACAGCCAAAGCUGUCCGGGAGAAGGUGGGCGACAUCACCAUCCUGGUGAACAAUGCCGCCGUGGUCCACGGGAAGAGUCUGAUGGACAGUGACGACGACGCCCUCCUGAAAUCCCAGCACAUCAACACCUUGGGCCAGUUCUGGACCACCAAGGCCUUCUUGCCGCGCAUGCUGGAGCUGCAGAAUGGACACAUCGUGUGUCUCAACUCCGUGCUGGCACUGUCUGCCAUCCCCGGCGCCAUCGACUACUGCACGUCCAAAGCCUCGGCCUUCGCCUUCAUGGAGAGCCUGACGUUGGGGCUGCUGGACUGUCCUGGCGUCAGCGCCACCACCGUGCUGCCCUUCCACACCAGCACCGAAAUGUUCCAGGGCAUGAGGGUCAGGUUCCCCAACCUCUUCCCCCCACUGAAGCCAGAGACGGUGGCCCGGAGGACGGUGGAAGCUGUGCAGCUCAAUCAGGCCCUCCUCCUGCUCCCGUGGACGAUGCAUGCCCUCAUUAUCUUGAAAAGCAUACUCCCACAGGCUGCACUCGAGGAGAUCCACAAAUUCUCAGGAACCUACACCUGCAUGAACACUUUCAAAGGGCGGACAUAAUGGCAGGAUGCAGACACGCUCAAAAGCCACGGAGCCUGAGGGGACCAUGGCACCUGGGUACACACCCACACGCCUGUCUCUUGGCACACUUCUGCUGGGUGAGCAAGACUGCUCCUGUCCUGGAGAAGAAUCUGUCUGCCCCUCAGGCCAGCCCCAGGACCUUUGCACAGGAGUGAUGGGCAGAACUGACCCCCAUGGGGAGGCAAGAACCCAGCCAGCAGCCACCUUAAUACUUUUGUACAUUUCUAAUUCUGUAGUUUAUUGUUCAUUUGCUUCUCAAGUCUAACCAGCCUCAGCAAUGUGCAUAGACUAUUUCUGGGAAGGUCUGUGCCCAGAUACUCUUCCUUUCCCUCCAAAAUCCACUCAUCCUCAGCUUAUGCAAACUGGUUGAACGGCAGGAAUGAAAAAUAAAGAGAGAUGGCUUUUGCGA